AGAGCUUUCACAAUUUCUGUGCAUUGGUACAACACAAACAGUUCCUCAGUUAAGCACUCUAGAGACCAUGAUUUCCAACAAAACUGUAUUCAUCGGCAUUUGUGUGUUGAUCCUAACUGUCGUCAACAACGCUCCUGUAGAGGCUAGUCCCCAGAUUGAACUUAUGGGAGGGUACGACAUUAUUGGAAUCUGCAUAACAAAUUGUGCACAGUGUAAAAAAAUGUAUGGCGCGUUCUUCGAGGGACAUCUGUGUGCAGAAGCAUGUGUUCAAUUUAAAGGCAAAACCAUUCCAGAUUGUGAAGAUUUGAGUUCGAUAGCUCCAUUUUUGAACAAAAUGAACUAAAUCCGUAAGAGGUGCGUUGGUGAUAGUGCUAGUCGAAACCCCCCCAAAAACGUAGUAAAAUGACCAAAGGAUAAACAAACGUGAUGCUUAUAUAGGAAGCAGUGUCGCUUGGAGAAAAAAUAACCAAAUAAACGAACCCAUUGACAAACUACCUAAAACCUGCUCAGGCACAGUUUAAAGUUUUUUUUUGUAUUAUUUGGGUACGAACAAUGAAAGAACUCUCUAUUUGCACAAGCAAUCGGUAGCUGGCGAUGGCAAGUGUUUAGACAAUCUAGUGAACUCAGCAUGCCAUAUGGCGACCACCGUUGAUCAUGAAUCUGCCGCACCACAACUAUCGGCGGAACGUUUUGUUUACUGAAGCAAUUAAAAGAGCAGUUCUGGAAGCUCUCGAUCGGGUGUAAUCAUAACAGUUCCUAUCGAACGACUGGUCGCCCUUUGUCGAGUACUGUGAGCACUGGAAAUCUUGAGCACUUAUAAAGUGCUACCAUUACGUUGCAAUUGUCUGACAUUAAGUGGAACGAUCCGGGAAGCAUCCUUAGCGUUAACCGAGAUGGAUUUCUUUUGGGACCCCGUGAUCCGGUCGAAAGCCCGCAACCCACAGCAUACAACCCGCCACCUCGCGGCUACCGCGGCUCGACGGAUCAAGUGUUUGCGUCUGUUGUGAUAGCUUGAGUGUCAGUUUCUUCAUGUAUUAAGGGAGCCACAGCUAUGCAUACACAGCAGGCAGACUUAGAUCUAUAUGCGUUUCGUAAAGACUCUGCGGGCGAAUGGAGGUUUUGAGAUGAGUUUUGCCCCAUACAGUAAGCAAACACUCGUGGAGGAGCAUUAAGAGGCUGGUGUGAUUUUUGUAAGGCUCCACACUAUACAGCACCAACUGCUUACGACCCGAUCGUGGGUAGAAUUGUAACAUAUGGUUCGCUGGUCGUAUCAAAUGUAUGGAAAUUAGAGUACUUGAAACGCCAUGAAAUGUUUGUAGUGUUCAAACUGAAGUGUGAUUCGAAUUUUACAGCGUAGACUUCUCACUGACAGCUGUUUCCUUCCAUUGCUGAAUGGCAUACAGUACAUGAACGAUAAUUCUAUAUGUGUAUAUAGGCUUUACAAAAGCUAGUAGUACAGCGAUUGCAAAGAUCUUGUAUCUAUAUGAACUACUCACCUUGAACUACUAUGAUCCGCGGCGUUCGGUAGAGUUCAUGUUCCCACGAUACCUUCUUGACGCAAAUCCUUGACACGUUAGCGAUCAACAUUUGAUUUGAAAAAUGCCACCUCUCCUCCCAAAAUCCCAAACGAGCAAAUGCUCCGCAGUACACAUGAAAAAUGUACCGCGCUUUUAAACGGACCCAGAAAAUCAAUAUUUGUUCCUGAUUCUGUUGCCAUUUACACCUUUUUUGCUCCUCUUUCACUGCUGAAGCUCACGAGCGAAGAGGGUAUCGAUCGCGAUCGACCCAACGAUCGGGCAAACCGAGGUAACCACUACCCCCUUCCCACAGUGGAUACCAUCGCGGGCGCACAAAAUCUUUGAGGACAUGAUUAAUGAGAUGUGUGUUAACCAGUUUUCCUUUUUUCUGGCCCUUAAAUCCAAUAAUUGAAGAAAACAGAGUACCAAACAAAAAUCGCCCGUGAGAGUAAACGUAUGAGCAAAUGAUGUUUUUUUCUGUAAUUCCUGCCGCUCUAGCCCAUUGCUAGGCAAAGAGCAGCAAAGAGAAUACAAGUUCAAUAUUGAAACUUCAAUGGGCAGCAUUUGUAUCCUCGUAAACCAAUUUGUAUGCUUUCAAAUUAUCAUCCAUCAACUAAUGGUUUACUGGUACGGCACGGUACGACAGGUUUUCGGGACAGGAUCCACGGCAGGAACGGUAUUCAGUAGAUGUUUUUGUGCUGCUCUUGAUCCAAACACCCUUACCGUUUGUUGAGAUUUCAUUAGCCUGGGUACCGUGCGGAAAAAGGUUCCUCUGAUAACCGUUACGUCACUCAAAAUCUAUGGGAUAGAUCGCGGUACUACCGAUGAUCUGUUAAAAUAAAACCAUCUCAAAGCCACCGGGACGCUUGCAGUGAUGCCAAAGCAUCACGGAGCAGUUCACAGCCGCUCGUGACUUACUAAUUACUUGUUCUCGUUAGAAUCGCCGCGGCUUACACACGUUCUAAUUAACGGUGUCGGAAAGCUUUGGUAGCGGUGCGGAACAGACGAGCCUUAACUUUUCCCCAAAAUGUUGUUUGGAUGACUUGGUGUUGUGCCGCUUGUGUUACCGGUAUUUGAAUCUAAUUUUAAUUGCUCACACGUUAAUGGGUUUCCUAUUUUACCCGGUAGCCAGUGUCUACACAUGUGUGUUUAGGAUGGUUCUUGAUGGUGGUUACAUUAGUUUGGAUAUUAAAUAAAUGUUUAGAUGUUCAUUGUUUAGUUGCAAACAUAAACUGUACACACAUUUCAAUUUUUCAAAAUCGUCCAAUAACUAAAAGGAUAGGAUGUGGAAACAGUUAUGGGUUUCUUAAGUUAAUCAAACUAGAUGAAAUUAAUGCCCGGUGUUGUAUGUGUUAAAAGGCGACAGUUCCACACGACCAGGACUGGGUAUCGAAUCAAUGAAUGAAAUUUUCCAAGUUUUGCAACUAAAAAAAAAGAUUUGAAUAACAAUGUUGAACAACAACA